AUGAAAUUAAUAUUUUUGUUUCUCUUUGCAAGUUGUUUAGUAUUGGCAUCUGAUAAUAUUGAUGCAAAUACUAAUGAAGAUGAAGCUUUGGAAAAUAUAAAAAAAUUAGAAGAGUUGGAAUCAGAAGCAAUAAAUUCAACUCAGAAUCUUAAUCCAUAAGAAAAUUCUAAUGAGGAAAACAAAAUAAGUAAAAAAAAAGAAGAGAAAGAAUCAAUAGAUAAUGAAGAUUUGGCAGAUAUGAUAGAAGAUGCAGAAGAAAAUAUAAUUGAAUUACUUGAAGCAUUAAGACCAUUAUUUGGGGUAAAUAAUGAAUUGACUUAUACACUAGCUUAGAUUUGGAGAUAAAGAUAGGGAUAGCGAUGGUUAAGUAAUUGAAGAUCAAUCAGAAUAAGAAAAUGAUAAUAAAUAAUAAUAAACUACAACUGCAGAUGAUCCUAUUGAAGAUAUAAUAUAAAAGGUUGAGGCUGAUCCUUUAAUGUUGUAAUGGGAUUAAUUAAUGACUGAUUUUGAUCCUGAAGAUUUGCUUACUUUUGAAUUAUAAUCUGGAGCAACAGAAGUAUUUCAAAUAAAUAACUAAUUUUAGAUUUUAUGUGAAACAAUAAAGAAGCCAACUACUAUAAGAGGAGCAUAUUUUAUACCUUAAUUUAGAUAGGAUUAAAAGAUAGAUUUUUACAUUAAGACUGCCAAUAAUACAUUAUUAUAUUCAAAGGAAAGAGUUUAAGAGGGUAUUUUUUAAAUUGCUGUUCCUGAAAAAGGAGAAUAUAAAUUCAUAUUCAUAAAUAAAAGAGUAUUUUAUAUUAUAUUUUAGACUAAAGAACCAUUAACAAUAACAUUUGCAAUUGAUGUUCAUGAUUCUCAUUAAGAGUUCCUUAAAUUGACUGAUUUAGAUCCUCUAACAUUUAGAAUAGAAAGAUUAUCCACAGCUAUGAAGGUAAAUUAAAUUAAUAUCAUUAAGGAUAAUUAUUUUUAUGAUAAAAUGGCUGCUUAAUAAUUUGAAGGAGGAUUGAGAGAGGUUUAAAAUGCAAAUAAUAAAUUGUUGAUUUUCAGUUUAAUUGAAGUUAUUGGUAUAAUUGCUAUUACAGGAUGGUAAGUCUUUUAUCUUAAAAGAAUUUUGAGUAAUUAGAGAAUUAUAUGA